CGCAGUUCGUGUGAGUUCCCGCCAAACGCGGCGGGACCCCGCGCAGGGAAUGGCGCAGCUCCGCCUCACCGAUUUCUUCGGCCGCACCAAAGCCGCCGGCAGCCUCACCGCCAAGCACGGCGCCCGCGGUCUUAAGGCCGCCCUCCUCGCUCCCCCGGGGCCGCGGAACGAUGAUGCCCGCGCUCCCGCGUCGCCGCGCACCCCGACCCGCAGCGCUGCCCCGGCGGUGCCGCGGAUGGCGGGCAGGAAACGGAGCCGCCGGGAGAUGGAAGCGGAGACACCGGGCGGGGAGCGGGGCGGGAAGUCGGCGCGGAAGCGGCUGGAGCUGCCGCGGGAUGCGGGGCCGGAGCCUGCCAGCCCCCCAUCGCUGGGUCCCCUGGAGCCCCCCGUAGCCAGCAGGAUGUGCGCCCCCAGCCCGGAGCGGGACAGCGGGAGCACAGCAUGCCUGGAGCAGGAGGAACUGGCCACGCUGCAGAGCCGUCUCCAGAGGAUGAGGAUGAAGCCCCCCGCCCAACUGCCCCCCAUCCCCGCUGGGGUCGGCGCUGAGCUGCGGAGCCGCCUGCAGAGCCUGCAGAGCCUGGAGCUGCGGCUCCGUGCCAAGGCAGCAGGCAGUGGGACGGGGCAGCCUGGGGUCACCGGCACAGAGGCUCCGGUAGCAGCAGAGAAUAGCAGCGCACGGCUCCCCGCAUACCAGCGCUUCCAUGCCCUGGCACAGGACACACCACCAGGGCUGACGCUGCCCUAUAAGUACAAAGUGCUGGCAGAGAUGUUCCGCAGCGUGGACACCAUUGCUGGGAUGCUCUUCAACCGUGCUGAGACCAUCACCUUCGCCAAAGUCAAGCAGGGUGUGCAGGACAUGAUGCGCAAGCAGUUUGAGGAGCGGCACGUGGGGCAAAUCAAGGCAGUGUAUCCCAGCUCGUACCGCUUCCGCCAGGAGAAGAACAUCCCCACCUACAGCAGCGGCGUGAAGAAGUCGGAGUAUCAGCUGACACUGGAGCCGGUGCUGGGGGAAGAUGAGCAGCUGUGUGGCCGCCCUCACCUGUCAGCAUCACGCCUGCUGGAGCGCAGGAAGGAGUUCCACCGCAGCCUGGUGAACAUCGUCAAGCAGCACCACGCGGCAUUCCUGGCUGCACUGAGCCCUCCCAUGGAGGUGCCGGAGGACAAGCUGACCCGCUGGCAUCCCCGCUUCAAUGUGGAUGAGGUGCCUGACAUCAGCCCAGCAGAGCUGCCACGGCCACCGCAGGAGGACAGGAUCAGCACGGCACAGGAGGUGCUGAGUGCAGCUCGGGGCACAAUGAGCACUAAGAUGGAAAAAGCUCUUGCCAACCUGGCCUUAAGAAGCGCUGAAGCCGGUGCGGAGGAACCGGCGCUUUCCAAAGCAGCAUCCCCUGCCAGCACCUCCAGCGCUCUCAAAGGGGUGUCCCAGGAGCUGCUGGAGCGGAUCCGUGCUAAGGAGGCCCGGCGGCUGCAGGCACUGAUGACACGGGCGGCAGGGCAGGAGGAGCGGCUGGCCAUGCUGGGCCGACUGCCGGCCAUGGCCCGCAUCCUGCGUGGGGUCUUUGUGGCCGAGAAGAAGCCGGCGCUGCCCAUGGAGCUGGCGUGUGUCCGUCUGGCUGACAGCUUCCCCACCCAGAUGGCAGCAGGUGAGAUGGAGAAGCACCUGCGGCUCCUGGCUGAGCAGCUGCCCGACUGGGUGACGAUCCACGCCCUGCGCACCGACACCUACAUCAAGCUGGACAAGAAUGUGGACCUCAGCCUCGUCACCGAGAGGCUGGAGAAGGCAGCCAAGGAGGCAGAAGCCCUCUGAGCCCUGCUGGAGUCCGGGCUUCCCCCGUGCAGUUCUCUAUUCUUCAAGCAUAGUGAGCUUUGGCCGUGCUCUGCGAGCAAAGCGGGUGUUGAUGGAGUUAGUUCUUCUGUUGGGUCCCUGCAGAUUGCAGCUGCCUCUAAGGCUGAAAGCAGUCUGGGGUCGUGGGUUAGAUCUGGAGCUUCCAGCCCCCUUUGUGCCAUACCCUGGAUGGGCACAGGGGCUUCUUCUGUUCGCUGAGGGCAAGGAGGAAGGAGGGAGAGAAGUUACAAAGCGCUGGUUUUGGUGUUUGGGUCUGGUUGUGUUUUUAAGGGAGGGAAGCACAUCUCCAGCACUCGCUGGAAACGACGACAGGACUUGUCAAAACACAUUUAUAUUAAAUGUUUUAAAUAGAGCUGAGUGGCGUUGUGAACCCAGCGCUUUUCCUCCCGCUGUCUGUGCUGCUCCAUGGCAAAGGGCCCCGGCCGCUCACGCAGGGAAGGGCUGGGGCACAGUCCAAGUGCAGAAAGCCUCGUUGGAAAAAGUGAGCGUGGGCUCAGCAGAGCUGAAUGCAGCUCUUGUCAGCGGGGCCGGCGUGGCUCUGGCACGGGGCAGAGGGGUGAGCGUGGGGAGGGGCUGCCCAACGUGGGGCCGUUCACCUGGCUUGGGUGAAUCCUGCCUUCUGAUGGAAGGAGGGGGGCACUGAGGCGCUGCGUGCAGGGCUGAGCUGGAGGGAACUUCCACUCUGAAGGCAGUGUGAGCCCAGCAGGGCUUGGACCCAGCACACAGGACAUCUCUCCUUGCUCCCCCAGGCUGAGCACAGCAGCUGUGUGCCUCCCCAGGGAGCUCGCCCAGCUCCCGUUCACUGCUCUCACACACACACACACACACACACACACCUCCUCCUGCCUGGAAGUAGCAGCUCCGAAGUGCCGCUGUGAGUCAUGGCAUCAAGUGAAAGCACCGUCCCCAGGUUCCCUGAUGUCACCCCUUGGCUGCACGCACAGCCAGCCCUGGCAGCAGCGAGGCCAGCGCUCGCCUCCGCACAGCGCAGCUGCUUUCCACAGCUCCGUGGGGUGGAACUCACUUUUCCCCCUCUCUACAUCACAGCGGGGGCCUGCGAGCAGCGCCAAGUGUGUGUGUGCUCAGCCCUGGGAUCCCAGCACCCAGGGGAAGCUUCCCUGUGCAGUGGCUUUUUAGGGAACGGUGAUAGAAGUGGGCACAACGAGGGCUGUGAGCGGGGCAGGCCAUCCCCUGUGCUCUGUGGUGGGAAGGUGCUCCUCCAGCACUGAGAUUCACGCUGCCCACGUGCUCCCCUCCGACCUGUGGGAUGGAGAUACCUGGAUGUGGUCGCUG